AUGUCUCACAUCUGGAACGACUAUGGCCCGACGCAGCCACCGGGCACUGAUGACCUCUCGCCGUUGGAUGACAAUUUGAGAGCAGGUCUCGCCGUCAUAGGCGCACUCGCCGUGGUCUCUCUGAUACUAUGCACGAGCCUAUUUUCCUUUAUAACAUACCGCGUCAUCCAAGGCCGGCUCUCUGCCCCGUCUCGACCUCGUUGCUCGAGGUCUCGCCUAUUCACUCGUCGACCUGUCCCGCUGGAACCCAGGUCGCAGCAGCAGCAACUUUGCCGGCACACCUCGAACAACACCAUCAACGCGGCGGCCAAAUCCCCUCUGUCGCCCUUAUCGCCCGCCAGCGACCCGUGGCAGCGGGGCCAACUCUUAGAUACCGCCGAUGAAGCCGCGGUUGGCACAGUGCCCAACAUUCGCCGGCGCUACCAGGGCUAUAAUCCACUGCUAGUACUUAUAUACAUGCUGCUUAUUGCCGAUAUUAUUCAGUCCACCUCUUUUAUUCCCAACCUUGUCUGGGUCAACCACGAUGCCAUCACCGUGCGGUCCGAGUCUUGCUGGGCACAGGGCUGGCUGCGAUCGCAAGGCGACGUGGCGAGCGCGAUCUUUGCCGCUGCCGUCUCGAUCAACACCUAUUUGCUAGUCGUCCACCGGUACACCAUGCCGUCCAAGGCGCUGCGCCUGAUCGUGGCGUCUGUAUGGUCAUUUAGCUUCAUCAUCGUGGCGGCUGGGGUGUGGGCUUCGAACAAUGGCAGGGGCCAUGGCGGGUAUUUUGUGAGGGUUGACACAUGGUGUUGGAUCAGCCAGGAAUACGCUGGCUACCGCCUCUGGACACACUUCAGCUGGGUACUAGCCAUGCUGAGCAUCAUAGUCUUAGCAUGUAUAGGCACAGCCAUCAAAAUCCGCGUGCCGGACCCAAACGGUCCUCGGCGGGGCCUGCUUCGAGUAUUAGGGGGUGUGCGCAUCCAGUUGCGGAACCCUCGAAAAACCGGCCACCACCCUGCGUUUCUCAUCUACCCUCUCGUCUACUUUGUGUGCUGCGCGCCGAUGGCCAUUGGCCCCAUGAUCCUGGCGUCAGGUGUCACGGUCAAGCAGGGUUACUUCCUAUGGGCGGGCGCUAUGAUCGCGAGUAAUGGCUGGUUGGAUGUGUUGCUUUGGAGCCUCACCAUGAUCUUCCUAGCACCCAAGGAUAUCAAGGAGGCCGGUCUGUCGGGCUUUGCGUUUCUGCGUACGCCUUCAGUUGAGUAUGGGAACAUGGUUUGGGUGGAAGCCGGACAGGGCGGUGGUGGGAACGAGACCAGAAACAAGGGUGGCGUGCUCGCGGCGGAAUGCCUCCAGCCGCUCGCCCGCAUGUUAAGGAGGGACUCGGGGAAGGACCGACGCCAGGGUUGUGGCUGGGAGUCGCUAAGCACGAUGAAUACGGAUAAAAAGAAACAGGAUGGCAUCACAUACAAGACUGUCACCUCGGUGGUGGUGGAGAGCAGUCUGAAGGGGGCGGCCGAUGGUAUUGGACACUCGCCGGCACAGCAGGACGAGAUCGCGCCGAGACCUAGUUUUGUGUACGCCAGGGAGGAUAUUGUGACGGUACCAAGGAGGGUGGCUCACCGAUUUUAG